AUGUCUCGAUAUACCGUUCUCAUCACUGGCGCCAGCAGAGGUAUUGGGGCAUCUCUAACGGCCAAAUAUCUUCUCCGGCCCAACACCACUGUGAUUGCAACGGUUCGACGAGUCACAGCUCAGAAUGAAGGAAGACUUCAUUCCCUACCUUGCGGACAAGGCUCAAAGGUGAUUGUACUCCCAUCUGACAUGAAUUCUCCCUUGAGUGUUACAGAUGGAAUUACCCUUCUCAAGUCGGAGCACGGCAUACAAUCCUUGGACUUGGUCAUUGCCAAUGCCGGUAUCUGUGAUACCUGGGGCCCCGUGGCGAAAAUAUCUGAGGAUGAGAUGUUGAAACACUUCGAGGUCAAUACACUGGGUCUGCUUCGACUGUUCAAGGCCACCAUUCCACUCUUGAAUACCGCAGAGAAGCCCAAGCUAGUGUACAUAUCUACACGUGUAGCCAGCAUCAGUCAGCUCAGCACUUGGUCUGCCACGACGGAAUACGGGGUAUCCAAGAUGGCUGGCAACUUCUUGGUGAAAAUGAUUAGCAUCGAGCACAGCAAUGUGGUUGCUUUUUCCAUUGAUCCUGGAUUUGUACAGACAGACAUGGGUAAUCGUGGGGCCAAGGCUCAAGGGCUUGAGAAGGCGCCUGUGACAGUGGAAGAUAGCACGAGUGGUAUUAUCAAACAGAUUGAUGCUGCGUCUCAGGAGAUCACGGGCCGAUUUCUGGGUUUGGAUGGUGGAGAGAUUCCUUGGUAA